GGUGCAUUACCGCCGUUUUGCUUUCCUGCUUUAAUUUUUUUUUCUUCUUUGUAAACCAAAAUUCUUACCUUUUGAUCAAAAUCUUUUGCUCCCUUUUAUUAUUUUGCUUUCACCAAACAGAGCUGAUGGUCAAGUGGCUAAAACCCAAAAAUAGAUACUGUAAGUCCUUUUUUAAGUGUUGGGUUAAAUAUGUAUAAACGUCAAGUUACUUUUUGUUUUUUUUUAAUCAAUUUUGGUGAUUGGUAAGUUCUUAAUUCCUCUCUGCUUUCAAGUUGAAAUUUUUAAUGCAUGUAAGCUUAUUGCUUGAUGUUUGGAUGCUGAGAAAAAAAACUGGGAAAAAGAACAAGAAAAAGAGAUAAUUUUGAAUCCAAAUAUGUAAACAAAGUCUGGAACUUGAGAAUUGGGAUCACCCAUCUUUAGUUUAAGACUACUUUUUUUCUCCUCUUUUUUCAGCCCUGAGAAAUUGGAAAAUGUUUGGUUGCUGGGAAAAUAAAAAAGAUGAAGACUUUUGCUUCCAUUUGAAUUAUUAUAACUAAAAUUAACGAUUCUCUUGUUCUUUGUGGCGGUUUUUCCAAGCUAAUGGAUGAUUUGCUGAGAAAAUCGAGGAAAGAUCAAUUUUUUUUUUUUUUGCUAUGAAUAAAUUCUUUGUUUUGGAGUAUUUGUUGGUUUUCUUAUAAAUUUUUGUAUAUGCAGCACAAAUUGGUGGUUCGACCAAGAACUGAUUUUUGUUGGUUUGCUAAAGAUAUCGACAAACUGAUAUGAUGGCUUGAAAAUGAAGAACAAUUGAUCAAAGGCCAAACAAAAGAAACUUUACCAAAUGGAGCAAACACAUGAAAACCUCCAUGAAAGCAAUGAUCAUGUUCUUGAUAUAGCACCAAACGAUGGUCAAGUUGUGAACAAUGUUGACUCUCAUGAACCUGUGAUUCAGCCAUCUUCAAGUCAUGGAAGUUUUAUGUCAUCAUUUUGUUUUUGGGUUUAUAUUAGAUUAGUUUUCAAUAUCAGUCAAAUUGUUGCAUCAAUAACUGUUAUAGUAGUUUCUAGAAAUGAAAAACCACAAGCUCCAUUGUCUACUUGGAUUAUGGGUUAUGCUGCAGGUUGUGCUGCUUCUAUUCCAAUCCUUUUCCAACAUUGUUUUCUUCCAUAUCCGACGCUUAGCAGAUUAUUAGAGCACUUUAAAUGGGUGCUAAAAGCUUACUUUUUUGUAUGGUUUAUUAUUGGAAAUGUUUGGUUAUUUGGAGGUUACUCUUCCUCGGGGGCUUCGAAUUUACACAGGUUAUGUAUAAUGUUUCUCGUCUUUAGCUAUCUCGAGUUUACUAUGCCCUUCAUCCUCUGUGUGGUUUUAGCAUGCUGUUGUGGAGACCUAGGCCUAAUUAAAGGAGCCUCUUCGGAAUGCAUCGAGUCAUUGCCAACUUACACGUUCAAGUUACAAAAAGAUGGUAGCGGAAGCAUAAGGAAAAUUAAUUCGGAAGUUAAAGGAGGGGCUGAAACUGCAGGAACCGAAAAGGACUGCGCUAUUCCGGGAGAUGAUGCUGUUUGCUGCAUUUGUUUGGCGAGUUAUGCCGACAAUGAUAUGCUAAAGGAACUCCCUUGCUCUCAUUUCUUCCAUACCAACUGUGUAGAUAAAUGGCUCAAGAUGAAAGCUCUUUGUCCGCUUUGCAAAUGCACGGUUUUGAUUACGAAAUGAGGGUUUGCCUUUUUGUUAUUGAUAUUACGAUAGUAGUUCUUAACCACCUUUCCAAGUAGAUUACUCCCCCGAUUACCGACAACGGUUGAAGACGAGCAAAAUGAGAAGAGGGAAACGGGAAACAAAGAAACCUAAGCUACAAAGAUUGUACAUACAAGGAUAUCUGUAAUAUACUUGAAUACAAUCUGUUGAUACCAAGCCUUUUUACGCGUAUCAA